AUGAGACCUAGCCAUAUUGAGGCUCGAUUAGAGCAGCAACUCUCUCUCAAGGAUCUAAUCUCAAACUCAGUCGAAAAUCUCGUCAAGAUAGGUCAAAGCAAUGUUAGACCCCAACGAGCACGCGCUCGGUUGUCCGCCCUCCAGGAGGCUUGGGAGAAAUUCUCUAUUAUACACGAGGCAAUAUUUUUAGCAAUGACAAAAAUCACUCCAGGAGAAAAGGUACUGUUACAACAACAUUCAUACUUUUUAGAUGAUUCGUAUUCAACUACGUACGAAUGUUAUCUAGAAGCAAUUGAACGAAUGUCGUCUUUUCUCGAACAUGAUACGGAAAGUAUUACUGACACGCCCUCGACUCAGUCAUCAUCACAAAUCCUUAAUGCUCCUGUUUACUUUCAUCACGCUCGCCUUCCGCGAAUUGAUAUCCCUAAAUUCAACGGAUCACCAUCGGAAUGGCUCUCAUUUAAGGAUUUAUUUAACUCUCUUAUCAUAGCCAACCCCACAUUGACUUCUGUAGAAAAACUGCAGUAUCUUAAAACCAGUCUUGUUGGAUCUGCUUCUCAUUUAUUAAAAAAUACUGCCCUUACAGCCGACAAUUUUCAAAAGGCUUGGGAUUCUUUGAUUUCCUUUUAUGAAAACAAAAGACUUCUGGUUCAUUCCGCCUUACAUUCUCUUAUGACUCUUAAACGCAUGACUAAAGAGUCUGCAGCUGAGAUGGAACAACUUUACACCAAUGUAACGCAAAUUUACCGCGCACUAGACACAUUAGGAAGGCCCGUCCAAACAUGGGAUGAUAUCUUUGUUUUCAUCGUUGUGCAACGUCUUGAUGCUGAGUCAGUUAAAACAUGGGAACAUCUUUUAGGCUCAUCAAAGGAACCUCCGACGUGGAACCAACUUCUUGAGUUUUUACUUUCCCGAUUACUUUCGCUACAAGCCUUUGAGAAAUCUCGUACAGGAAAAUCGUCAAAUGCAAUGAACUCUACAUCCAGCAAAUCUCACUUUCAACGCAAAGCAAAGGAAACUCAAGUAGACAAGAAUACUUCCUGUAUUCUGUGUUCGGCACAUCAUUAUAUUGCAAGUUGCCCUCAAUAUCACUCGAAAUCAUUACAACAGAGGCAGACUAUGGUUCAAAAGAAUAAACUCUGUUAUAACUGUCUCGGACAUCAUAAAGUAUCUACCUGCCGGACAACCAAACGCUGUCUAAAGUGUGGACAAAAGCACCAUACUACGCUUCAUCAGAAACCUCACUCUCCUGUAAAACCAUCUGCAGAACCGUCAACAUCGGAGAACUCCUCGGACGCCAAGGAAAAGGAAAGUCAUUCUCUUCAUACUUCCGUGAACCAGUUCUCGGUUAACUCUAGCGUGUUAUUAGCAACAGCUCAAGUAUUGGUUGUUACAAAGGAAGGAGACUCUGUACAAGCAAGAGCGUUGAUUGAUCAGGGCUCUGAGCUCACCCUGAUUUCAGAACACCUGGUGCAAGUGCUUCGUCUACCCAGAAAGAAUUCCUUCAUAUCUUUAAUCGGAGUCGGUGGAAAAGGAGCAAACCGAACUAAAGGUAUCACGUCCUUCAAGGUCAAAUCACGCUUUGAUUCUACUACUGAAAUUCAUAUGUCAGCACAUAUUUUAGCGAACUUGACUUCCUCCCUUCCGUCAGUUCAAGUUCCGGUUCAGAAUUGGCCGCACUUAAAGGGAUUGGACUUAGCUGAUCAUUGUUUUAUGACUCCUGGUCCAGUUGACAUAAUCAUCGGAGCCGAUUUCUAUUCUCAAAUCAUAGAAGAUGGACUCAUUAAAGGAGACGCAACCUCACCUAUCGCUCAACUCACCAAGUUCGGGUGGAUUUUAUCAGGUCCUGUGAGCUUUAAUAGCGAUACAACUUUCUCACAGGGCUAUCACCUAUCUGUCGAUAAAGAUCUGUAUGAUCUUCUACAACAAUUUUGGAAGGUGGAAGACAUAAUCCCUUCAAAUACCUCGCAGCUGUCAGUUGAUGAGCAACGAUGCGAGCAUCACUAUAAAGAAACUCACUCUCGAGAUGAAGAAGGUCGAUAUAUUGUUAGACUUCCUUUCAAACGUUCUCCUGAUGUAUUAGGAGGCUCUCGUUUAAAGGCUCUUCGCGUAAUGUAUAGUCUAUCCCAGAGAUUCGCGAAUGAUCCUUCUUAUGCAAAAGCUUAUUCCGAAUUUUUGAGUGAAUAUCAUAGACUUGAUCACAUGAUAUUAGUCCCUGAUCAUCAAUCAGAGCCGGAGUUAAGUUACUAUCUUCCUCAUCAUGGAGUUCUUCGAGAAACCAGUACGACCACAAAAUUGAGAGUUGUUUUUAAUGGAUCGAAUAAAACUACCUCCGGUCUCUCCCUUAAUGAUAUUCUAUAUACCGGAGAAAAGCUUCAGACUGAUGUCUUUGACGUUCUCCUUUGGUUCAGAAAGUUUUUAUACGUCUUUUCAACGGAUAUGGAGAAAAUGUAUCGACAAAUCAAACUCCAUAAAGAUGACUGGACCUUUCAACGGAUUUUAUGGCUCAAUCAGGACAAGGAUGUCGAAACCUAUCAAUUGACCACCGUAACUUACGGACUCGCUUGUGCACCCUUUUUAGCUUUACGCACUCUCGCACAACUAAUAGAAGAUGAAGGAGAUACCUUUCCUCACGCAAUUCCAUCUCUCAAAAAAGGAAGAUACGUCGAUGACAUCUUCGGAGGUGCGGACACGAUCCCUCGUGUCAAAGAAAUCGUACAGCAAGUCAACUCGUUGUGCAAGGCGGGCGGAUUUUCUCUCCAGAAAUGGACAAGUAAUGAGCCAUCGAUUCUCGAGAGCAUCCCCUCUGCUGGGCAAGCCAGUUUGCCCUUCCUCCAAUUCAAUCAAUCAACCGCCGUCCAA